AUGGUCUUCUCGAGCACGUACUUGCACGACUCGGGCAGGCUGGUAGCAGUGGUGGUCAGGUGGGACGAUCUGGAGCUGCUUCUCAUAGCUGCAUAUCUGCCAGCGCGGCCGAAGAACAGCGCGCCUUUUUACAGGGACUGCCUGGGCCCGUUUCUGAACACUCUUCCGGACCUGAAGAACAUUCUGGCAAAGAAGAAGGGUGUCAGGGAGAAGGUGAAGCAGGUGCUGCGUGACGCCGGUGGCGAUCUGGCAGUUUUACUCCUGAGGCUGUCGUCCUGUUUGAGGGCUUAUUCGCGAGAAGAAACGAAGCGGAUUAAUGCGACUAAAGCGCAUCUGGAGCGGGAGGUGGAGGUGUUCCGCAGCAGAUUGUCGCGGAAACCGGGGUGUCAGCGUACAGGGGCAAUUCUGCUCAAGAAGGAAGAGCUGCUGAAUGCAUAUGAGAAGCGUCACAUGGAGAAACUGCAGGCGUGGGCAGGCAUUAAAUGGGAGCUGGAUGGAGAGGCGACGUCAGGCUUUAUGACUGGGAAAAUUAAAACGCGAAAGUCGAAAACAGAGGUUCAUGAGGUUAAGCUCAAAGGGAAAGUUUUUACCGAAGUACUGGUGGCAGCGACAGAGUUCUUUGAGGACGACGGCGAUGAUUCGGACGAAGGGGUCGUGGAGUUGCCCCCCCUGCAAUGUACUAUCAGCGAAGCGACUAAGGAGGCCCUCAGAGCACCGUGGUCGGGGGAGGAGGUGCAGACGGCGGUGCGCGAGCUGGCCUCGGCCUGGGCGGAGGGGCUGCACAGGGAGACAGGCACACGGGUUCACGUGAAUGGCUGGACUGGUGAUAUAGUCGCGGUUAAAAAAGGGGUGCGGCAAGGGUGUCCCCUGGCCCCGUUCCUUUUUCUUUGCGCGGUGGAGCCGUUGUGCGAAGAGCUGACGAAGUGCAAGCUGGGCUUUGGCCGGAGAGACACGGGGAAACUGGCUUACUUGGGGUAUGCAGAUGACACGUCGCUGCUUACUUGGGGUGCGGAGCAGGUGUCAGUAGCAGCAGGGGUAUUGGACGAGUUCGGCAAGAAAUCGGGCCAAAAGUGA